AUGCUGGUGGAAGAACUAGGCCGACAGACGCUCCAGAGUGUGUCUUACAGCAGCACGGGUUCAGGCAGAAAACGGAUCGCCACUGCUCAAGAUGCAGCCACCCAGUCUUCAACCAAAACUAGAGCUAUUGCGAGACGGUUGAACGAGCUAGAGCGUGAAAACUACAACGAUUCAGUAAAAAUCGAGCCACCACGCGACAUUUACUCGCCCAACAACGCAAACAAAAAGGGUACUGCUCUCAAGAAGAUUCUGGCGUCGAAAAAGACACUCCAGAACUUUUUUGAUGAAGAUAGCCAGGGCGCUGAACGAUUCCAGUUUGUGGCCUCUUCGACUUCAGCAUACCCCAAGCGUCGUCUGUGCACCGUUUGUGGCUACAAGGGGUUUUGUUCCUGCGUGAGAUGUGGAUUCAGAUACUGUUCCAAAACCUGUGAAGAGGCCCACACGGAGACCCGAUGUCUGAAGAUGUAUGCUUAG